AUAAUACCCUAUCUCAUAAACUCCUUAACAAUUUAGCUCUCUUAAUUAACUCGAGAGAUGGAGUCCGGUAAUAGUAGUAGCAUGCAAUCUUCAAGCGGCGGUGGCGGAGGAGGAGAAGAAGAGUACGAUUCACGCGCCGCCGAUCAAUCCAUCUCCGCCUUCUUCGACCAGCACAACCACCACGUGUCAUCUUUACCCCCGCCUCAACAAAACCACCUCAACCUCCUCCAUUUCGACCAUAACAACAACAACUCUCUAAUACCACCAAACUACUUCAACAACAGCAACAACACGUUCUUACCCGUAAACCAACAACUCGACCCGAUAUCCCAACCCGACCUCCGAACUUUCUCAUCCACGUCAUCACUCCCUCCUCCUAACAAUAUAGGAGUAAUCAAGAAAACAAAGAAAAGAUCACGAGCAUCAAGAAGAGCACCAACGACGGUUCUAACGACGGACACUUCCAACUUCCGAGCGAUGGUUCAAGAGUUUACCGGAAUCCCAGCUCCACCUCUAUUCAACAACUCCGUCGUGAACACCACGCGCCUCAACACCUUCCUCGGCUUGUCUUCUUCUUCGCCAAACACGUACAACACCAACAGUCUCUUGUUACGACCGUUUGCUCAAAAACUCACCUCUACGUCUCCUCUCUUAUCCGCAUCACAGAUUCAGCAGUAUCAAAACCCUAACAACGGUUUCGAGAAUAUGAAUCUGCAAGCUCUUCUUCAAGCUCAUAUUUCAAACCCUAGAAGCAAUGAUCACGAUCAGUUUGGUCUUGGUAUGAUGCAGAAUCCAUCUACUAAUCCUCCUACGCCAACGGCGGCAGCUAAGGGGAACAUAACCACUGGUGAUAAUGGAAGCUACGGUGGUUCCGAUCAUGAUCAUAAUAAUGACGGUACUUGGUUAUGUUCAUCUUCCGACCAGAGAACAUAAAUACAUAUGUAGUCCAAAAUCAAAGCUAAUCUCUUGACAUGAUUAUUCAACAAAUUAAACAUAGCACAUAUAGAAUGAUGAAGUUACUCAUUUAUAUUAUCUAUUCCAGUAUAAACACUUUAUUACUUU